GGCCCCAGCCGGCGCGGUCGGGAGGACGGGCGGGCGGCGCUGGCUGCAGGGGGGGCAUGGCCGACAAGCGGCGGGCCUCGCCCGGCACCACCAUGAGCCUGAAGGCUCACGCCUUCUCGGUGGAGGCGCUCAUCGGGGCCGAGAAGCAGCAGCCGCCCGCGCCGCCCCCGCGGCAGCCCAAGCGGCGGAAGGUGGGCGGCGAGGACGAGGCGGCGGACGACGAAGGGGGCAGCGGCUGCUGCGCCGAGAGCCCGGCGGCCACCAGCGGCAGGAACGGCGGCGACAUGGAGCCGGGCUGCGCCCGCGGGCCCGCCGGCGCCGAGGAGGGUUUCGCGGCGGCGUCCCCGCCCGCCUCGCCCGGCGGCGGCUCCCCGAAGGGCUCCGGGCCCGCCUCGCCUCUGCCCGCGCCCCAGGCACCGCGCGUGGAGCUGCAGGGCGCCGAGCUCUGGAAGCGCUUCCACGAGAUCGGCACCGAGAUGAUCAUCACCAAGGCGGGCAGGCGGAUGUUUCCCGCGAUGAGAGUGAAGAUCUCAGGUUUAGACCCCCAUCAGCAGUAUUACAUCGCUAUGGAUAUCGUGCCAGUGGAUAACAAAAGAUACAGGUAUGUUUAUCAUAGCUCCAAGUGGAUGGUGGCUGGUAAUGCUGACUCCCCGGUACCGCCUCGUGUUUAUAUUCACCCCGAUUCACCCGCCUCCGGGGAGACGUGGAUGAGACAAGUGAUCAGCUUCGACAAACUGAAGCUCACCAAUAAUGAACUUGACGAUCAAGGGCAUAUUAUCCUUCACUCUAUGCAUAAAUACCAGCCUCGUGUCCACGUCAUCCGAAAAGACUGUGGAGAUGAUCUGUCCCCGGUAAAGCCUAUUCCUUCGGGAGAAGGAGUCAAAGCAUUCUCCUUUCCAGAGACAGUUUUCACCACUGUCACAGCAUACCAAAAUCAACAGAUAACUCGUCUGAAGAUUGACAGGAAUCCAUUUGCCAAAGGGUUUAGAGAUUCAGGACGUAACAGAAUGGGACUGGAAGCUUUGGUGGAGUCUUACGCCUUCUGGAGACCUUCACUUAGGACACUUACAUUUGAAGAUAUACCUGGGAUACCUAAACAAGGAAAUGCAGGUUCUUCUACCUUACUCCAGGGAUCUGGCAGUGGAGUGCCUUCUACCCACCCUCACCUUUUGCCGGGUUCCCCUUGCUCAUCUCCAGCCUUCCAUCUCAGUCCCAACACUAGCCAGCUCUGUAGCCUUGCUCCUGCUGACUACACAGCUUGUGCCCGCUCAGGUUUGACCCUGAACAGAUACAGCACUUCUUUGGCUGAAACCUACAACAGGCUCACAAACCAAACCAGUGAGACAUUUGCACCCCCAAGGACUCCCUCUUAUGUUGGUGUGUCGAGUAGCACAACUGUGAAUAUGUCAAUGAGCGGCAAUGACGGGGAUGCAUUCAGCUGCCCGCAAACUGGCUUAUCUAUGCAGAUUUCAGGGAUGUCUCCACAGCUCCAGUACAUCAUGCCAUCCCCUUCCAGCAAUGCCUUUACCACUAAUCAAACCCACCAAGGCUCCUACAACACAUUUAGACUGCACAGUCCCUGUGCGCUGUACGGAUAUAACUUUUCGACAUCUCCUAAACUGGCUGCCAGUCCUGAGAAAAUUGUUUCUUCCCAAGGAAGUUUCUUGGGGUCCUCGCCGAGUGGAACCAUGACGGAUCGGCAGAUGUUGCCCCCUGUGGAAGGAGUGCACUUACUUAGCAGUGGGGGGCAGCAGAAUUUCUUUGACUCUAGGACCCUAGGAAGCUUGACACUCUCAUCUUCUCAAGUGUCUGCACAUAUGGUUUGAUGAAGCCUUUAAGUAAAAGUACAGUAUGUUUGGUGUCUACAAUGUAUUUCUUUUGGAAUAUGAAGGGACAAUCAAUGUAGCUUGUAAAGUGUGUGUAUAUAUAAUAUGAGAGGAAGUUUCACUGAAUUUUUGACUUGUUUGCAGCCAGAUUGUUCUCCUAUUUUGAGUUACAGGGAGUUUUCUGCGGCGCAGACUGCUUUAGUUUUCUGGUAUAAUACACUUAGUUGUGUAACACGUUGGGACAUAUGCAACAAAUUAAGUAAGACUUCCUCCCCUCUCCCCCUCCUCUGUACUAACCCCUUUAAAGAAUGAAAUGACACUUAGAGUAUUAAACGACACAAACAAGGCCACUUACAUUGCCUGUAGUACUAGCGAGAUUCUUUAAAACGUUCAUGCAGUGUUAAGCUGAUGCACCAAAGGCAUUUUACAAUCUUCUUCUCUGUUAUAAGGGAUAUGAAGGGUAUUUGGACUUUCAAGUGUUAAGUAUCAAGCAUCCAGCCUAAAAUAGAAGUUUAGCUAAUGGAUUAUUUACAAAGUAAACAGAAAGAUUAGUUUGCCUUCUCAUGAUACGCUGUUUUUAGCUUAUCAACGGCACAGCAUUCUUACUAGGAUUUUUUUUUUUUUCUGCAUUAGUCUAGAUUUAUGAUUAGGAAUUUGAAGACAAAUAACACAUAUUCAAAUUGUGGUGGUGUGAGUGAUUUAAACGAACAGCCAAAGAAAUGGCGUUCCUUGGUACAGAAUGAACUUUGGGGUGCUUCGUUUUUGUCAAAGGAAGGGCUUGACUCAUCUAUUUUCCAUCAUAAAUAUUGCCUAUAAGACAUUUACUGAACAGUAGGAUAUUCUAAUGUAUCUUUGUUUUUUAUAUUUUUACUUUUUUAAAGCAAAUGCAGGCUUGAUUUAGAAAAAGUACGCAGUAUGAGAAAUUCCCUUAUUGAUUUUACCCUUUUUUGUGUGUUGUGAUCUUUUUUUUUUUUUUUUUUUUAAUAAGAACAAAAAGUCCUCGGUAUCUCAUAAAUUGUAUCUACAUUGCCUGCAGCCAUUAGGUGAAUAACCCAGUUUGCCUACAAGUAUUGCUGGAGGCAGAACUUUCUUCUAGCUGCCUCGCUGUAAUGUGGCCAAGUUGGGACUGGGAUUACAAUAGGCAAAAUUCCUUUAAUAGUUUACUUUCAAAGAUACUGCGUAAAACCUACAGCCUGUUUCCCUCCCUCCAGGGAGCCCUCUGUCUUCUGUUGUUGUUCCUUUCUGUCAUGGGGCUACUGCUGCUCUGUUUCUCAAACAGUCUUUGCUGUGGAAUUCCCAUCUCUGGUUUAACUGGCAUUUGCAAGAAUGAAAUGCUUCUCCAGAGUGAUGAGCACACGGGCGGAUACCAGUCCUGGGGAUGUUUCUGCCCUCAUCUGUACCUGCACCUCUGUGGUGUGCAUGGUCCUGCUGCAAGAGCUGCCUUCCGGCUGUGUGCCUGUUGGAGCUGAAACACUGAGGGUAUGGAAGUGAUUUUAAUGCUUGAGAGCAUGAGUCAUUUUCAGCAUUGCCCUAAGCCUUCUCUGUACUAAGCAGGUGUUAUAAAGGUGUUACAAAGUGAGUACAAAUGUAAUUGAAAAUGCUUCCCUGUUCAACGUUGAAGGAGAAAAAGGCCUUCAGAUUUUACAUUUUUCAGUAAAAGUGGAUUAUUACAUUUUGCAAGAGUUCUAAUGUCUUUCCUGGCAAACAGUGGGCUUAACAACUGCCACCUAAAAAAAAUACUCAGUGCAGCUAAUGUUUCUUCAAUAGAUCAGAGAUAACGCAUACAGAAGCAGUCCUCUCUCUAUCUUUCCUUAGUAUUUAGGAAAAGAGGAGAGACCGCCACUAACUUUAAGCUGGUGCCUGGAGAAGGCUCUAUUUCUAUUAGUUAUAUUUUGUUUAUGUUAGAGUAGACACUUAGAAAGUUCUCACUAAAGCUGGAAAGAUAAGAGGGUGAGCCUGCCAUGGAGGAGAUGAGUUUACUUCUUUGCUGUCACAAGCUUCCCAAGUGACCCUGUGCAAUUCACUCAGCUUUUUCUUUUCUUCUGUAAAAUGUGCUAAUAGCACUUUUCUGCCUCAUUAGGAAAUGCUGACUGUACAUGAAAGGUGAAGAUGAUCUUUACAUCUGAUGUACCGUGGGCAGUACAUUCAGGGUGAACGGCUGGGUAGUGCCCAUGCGUGAGGAUAACAAAGAGCAUUCAUGUACUUUGGGUCUGUUGCUAGUUUCUGGCAUUGCAGUGUCCUUUGACCUGCAAUGCUAAAAACACUGUUCAAAAAACUCCCAGCAAUAAUUUGUGAAAUGGUUCUAAGAUGUGUAGAAGACGGGCAGAUUUUCAGUGAUGUGAAUUGUCAUAGCUCUAUUGGUUUCAGUUCACAAGAGUUGUGCAUAGUAAUUUCUGCUCCAGCCAAAACUUUGAAAUGUUGCAGUUGGACAUAAUGCUAAAUGAGAGGAACGGUACGAUUCAUCUGUACGUGAAAAGGAAUAAGCAAUAUUAUUAUCCAUGUCAUCUUAAAGGCUGUGACUGUAGAAAUGUGGAAGAGCUAAGUCAUGCGACUUCCCGCAAGGAGGAAAAGUCAAUUGUGCAUGGAUGUACACAGAGGUGCCCCCAGCAAGAGUAUGUACUUUGUCACCUGGGAAUUUUUUAGAACUGUUCUCAUAUUUUUCCUGAAAUUAUUCCUUUCAUAUAACCGCACAAUAUGUUUUGAAACAUUUGUUCCUUAAAAUUUGAAUCAUAUUGUAAAUACUUACUGGUGUGCCAUUGUGAAAAGACUAGCUUUUUAUUAACAUAGUAAAUGCUAUAUAUGCCUUAUAUCUAUAAUUAUAUAUCUGUAUUUUACAAAAAUGCCACAGAAAAUAUAUUAAAGUGUGUAUCUAAACACUUUUUUCUACAUUUGGAAAAUUAAGGGACUUGAGCCUUUUUUCUCUUUCCUCCACAUCUCCAGUAAAAGCAAAGUGACUCUAAGGUAAGCUUUGAAACUCAAAGACACUUCAACAAGCUACACGGAUCUAACCAGCCCACAGUCCUUCCAUGCUUCAGUCUGCCAUGGACACUAUCAUUUGUAUGAAAAGGUUGGGGCAGGCAUUGCACAAGACAGCUGGGGCUGUAAGGUGUGGGGAGGAGUGAGUACCUUGCCAUGCUGAUUUUUCAUAGCCCAACUCAUCCCAGCUGCCAAGACAAGUUUUGCUGCCCCUUAUCAUCCAGAUCUGGGAAGUUAACACCUCUGUAUGACCAGGUGCUUGCAUGAGAGCUUGAUGCCUUGCAUUUCUCCUCUAUGCUUUUACUUUGGUCAUUCACUCACCCUUCUGUUUAUUCCAAAAUCCAUGGAUUCCCAAGGCAGAGUUUACACCCAAUAAACAGCUGGGUAUGCUGUGAUUCUAUUCAGCAACGAGCAACAUUUAUCCCCACAGAAAUACUGCUAUCCAUAGAGGCCUUAUUUCCCAUUGUACUGCAGUAAAUGAUUCCAUGUGACGUAGGGCACAGAGCCUGAAAAUAUGAUUGCUUUGGAAUACUAGGGUUUCGUAGUCACUUAACACCAGCAUUGUUGCAAAUGACCAGAAUUAGGGCAAAAGAAGUAGGCAUGAAAAUGCUUGAUCAUAAAUACCAGGCCUCUGGAGAGAAUGAGAACUUCUGUUUUUAAUAAGAGAGAAGUCUUUUUUGGAAUGGUGCAAUCACACACUGAGAAGCCUCAUUUCUGCUUGAACAGAGGGCAACGGGAGAAAAUCACAGACAGCAGUGGCAUCAAUGUGAGCAAGUCUAUAUUGUGAGCAGCUCAAGGGGGGAGCUUAAGUUAUCGUGAGAAGUAGCUCACAGAUUCUGUGGGUAUUUUUUCCUGUAAAGAUAAUAAUAGAUCUAAUUAGUCUGUACAGCAGAUUGCUUAUAAUGGCUGAAGACUUUUAGAGAUUUAUAUAUCCGCUUCAGAGAUGAAAUUAUCAUUGUUUCACUCUCCUGAAUAUGCUGUCAAACUGUCGCAGCAUUAUUGUUUAUGUUUACACUGAAGUCCAAGUUUUAAUCUCAAUAAUUGCAAUUAUCGUAAGGGAGCAGUAAUCUUUGUGGGCUGUUUCUUCAUUUCAGCUGCCAACUUGUUACUUGAGCUCUUCAUUAAUAUGACCUCAGAUACACUAUUUCUCCUUGUUCUUAGCACAGAGGUGCCAAUACAACAAUCUAGUAUAUGCAAAACUGCAUUAAAAUUCACAUUCUGCCUCAUUUUCCACACUAUUCCUCAUUUGCCUGUUCAUUCAGAGCAUUAACAUGCCCAGAUGACAUACAGUUUUAACAGAUGGUGACAUGCCAAGGAAACAGCAUUUCUAGAGCAUUCAACUCGCUUUAAAUAUUUUUCAUCAGCGUUGUCAUGUUCAGACGCCAAACAAGUAUUUGUUACUCAGAAAAGGAAGUGUCCUAUGCAGCCACCGAUUAUUUUUGCACAGUGAUAUCAAAUUGUCCAAACUGACCGCAGACAGACUCCAGACAGAGCAGUUCCAACAAGUAAGAAUCUGAAUCUUCUGGAUGUACUUUGAGAGAGAGAUGGACCUGAACUGUGAAUAGGUUCUAUCCGUUGCUUAUGUUAAACCUGAAUCCCUUUCAUCUGAAAAGGUUCAAGCUAAAGCUUUUAACAGAAGUUUCCUUGAUCUUUUCCUUGCCAAAUAAACAGAUUUGAAACCCUGUUCCUUCUUGAA